AUGGGUACUGAUGUAACUGCAUACAGAGGCGCUGUGACCGGGAGCGAGCAGGAUGCUUGGGAUGCGUUGACUCGAAUGGGGCGGCCAAUAUGGUACACCUACGCCAAGAAUACAGAAAGCCAAGCUGUCGUGGUCAUGCUUGCUGCAAAAAAACUUUUGCUUGGGCAGAACCCCAGAUCAGGCGGCUACAAGGAAGGAAACAUGUUUGGCGUCGCAUCCUUGCUUUGUCGAGUGGGUUUGCGUCCGUACUCAACAUCACCAUUUGCGUCUCGAGCCGUCGCCGACUUAAUGGCAGUUCUUGCGUAUGUAAAUUUCGAGAAAGAAGGCUAUGUGAGCAGUUACGCCUCGGACCCGGUGCUCGCCUUGGGUGCGAUCAAAGUAUGGUAUGGACUAGACGAUGCGUUAUCACAAUUUAUCCUGCCUCAGCUAUCGAAAUUAAUCCUGAACGAAGCUCUUGACACUGGUGGGAUUGGUGAGGUGGUUGCACGUAUUGUGCUCCUUCUCGCUAUGGAUAAGUGCGCGAUAGGACGGGAAUGUUAUACCGGCCAAUUUCUAGCUGUGCAUUCAUUCUUGAAAGCUUUUGGUGCAGAAGAGAUGCCAGUAUUUACGCGGCAAAUGCGUGAAGCACCUAGCAAUACAAAAAAAGCUUUUUGGACUUGGCUAUCAAAGUGGGACGGGUGGCAAAUGAGUUUUACUCACUUUGUGCAAUUGAAGCUGGAGCCGACAGUGGAAACACUUUGGUAUUUGCUUGGGCGUCGGGCUGCAGGUAUAUUUCCUCGAAACCAAAAAGGAGCUGAUCUCUUGAUUCCAAUCUUCUGGAAAAAGAACGACAGCGAUGCAGCGUCUAAGUCAGAAACAAAAUCAGACGACGAAGCAGACGCGAAGGUUUCGCUGAUUUUGAUUCAAGUGAAUAAUCACGCUCCACACGAUAGGGAAUUCUCGAAGUCAGUGACGACGAAACUGUGCCCUUCAUUUGUUUUUGGACAAACAAUUAGGAAGACUAGAAAAUCUGUCAAAGAUUCCGACAAUUCGCUGAGCAAGAUAAGUGUCCGUGACGUGAUUUGCAUUCAUAUGUGCGUGCAAGACGAAGACAACACGCAUCACCGAUUUAUUUACGCGGAAAAGCCUAAAGAUAUAAACAAGAAAAAUGAUCGAAGUGGAGCUAAGUCGGCGAGCACAUUUAGCAGAACCAAGCAGAGUACUAGCAAGGAAGAAGCUGAGGAGCUUAGGUUUACGCUCUGUUAUCGCUCGGUGCGUUGCGAUACAUACAAGUUUCUCGAUGUGGAAGUGGCUAGGAGAUUAAAAAGUCUUGUGAAGCCUCUGGGGAACCCUUUAACACUUGUGAAUGGUGAUUUGCAGCAUCGCCAAGAGGUGGAGCAAUCUUUUAAGAAGGACCGGCGAAAUGCAGUUAUGUCACAAGCGAUGGGAGAGAAAGAGCUAAAAAAGAUUGCUUGUAAAGGGCUUACGAAUCUACCAGGACGACAAAAAGCUAGCGAGAAAAAGGACAAGAUGCUAUAG